AUAACGGCAGUGGCACGCUCCCUCGUGGCGCAUGCGUAUUAGCUGGUUCUGUGCGUUCCUUUGCGGUGGGGAGUCUGUCUGACUGCACAGCGGACCACCACGGCGCGUGCGCGGCCGCUUGGCUCCCUCCGGUGGGGAUAAUGACGCCGGUUCCGCGCCGCUGCUUCCGCGCCCGCCUCCGUGCCGUCGCGCCUGCCGGGCUUCGCUGUCCGGUGGAGUCCCCAUGAGGAGAAGGAGGCGGUGGUCGAGCGGCCAUGGGCUUGCUGAGCAGCCGGCCGUGGAGGGCACGGGUGGUGGCCCCGCGCGAAGGGGACGCGGCUGGCGAGGGCGGCGGCGGCGGCGCGGUGGUGGCGCUGAGGGGAUCCGGCGGGGGCCGCGGCGGAGCGGCCAAGAGGAAGCGGGCCGCCGAGUGCCCGACCAGCGACAGCGAGAGCGACGGGGAGAGCGAGCGGGAGGAGCGGCUGCUCAACACCCCCAGGAGGAAAAAACUAAAAAGUACCUCCAGAUAUAUUUAUCAGACUCUGUUCUUAAAUGGUGAAAACAGUGAUAUUAAGAUUUGUGCUCUGGGAGAAGAAUGGAACUUACACAAGAUAUACUUAUGCCAGUCUGGCUACUUUUCGAGUAUGUUCAGUGGUUCUUGGAAGGAAUCAGGAAUGGAUACAAUAGAACUGGAAAUUCCUGAUCAGAAUAUUGAUAUAGAAGCUUUACAGGUAGCAUUUGGCUCACUUUAUCGCGAUGAAGUCUUAAUAAACCCUAGCCGAGUCAUUGCCCUUCUAGCAGCGGCCAGCAUGCUGCAGUUGGAUGGCUUAAUACAGCAGUGCGGUGAGACAAUGAAGGAAACCAUUAAUGUGAAAACUGUGUGCAGCUACUAUAAUUCUGCAGGAACAUAUGGAUUAGAUUCUGUGAAGAAAAAGUGCCUUGAAUGGCUCUUGAACAAUCUGAUGACGCAUCAGAGCGUGGAACUCUUCAAAGAACUCAGUAUAGUCCUUAUGAAACAGCUGAUCAGUUCCUCUAACCUGUUCGUAAUGCAAGUGGAGAUGGAUGUCUAUACUGCUCUCAAGAAGUGGAUGUUCCUUCAGCUAGUGCCUUCUUGGAAUGGGUCCCUAAAGCAACUUUUAAGUGAAGCAGAUGCCUGGUUUUCCAAGCGCAGAAAAGAUUUUGAGGAUGGCGUCUCAUUCUUGGAGUCUGAACAAGGAAGUGCAUUUCUGACGGUGUUCAGACAUCUGAGGCUGCAGUACAUAGUUAGUGAUCUGGCAUCAGCAAAAAUUGUUGAGCGCGAUAGUCUGAUUCCUGCAGAAUGGCUGUCCUCUGUUUACAAACAGCAGUGGUUUGCCAUGCUCAGAGCAGAACAAGACAAUGAUAUUGGGCCUCAGGAAACGAACAAGGAAGAACUUGAAGGAAACAGUAUGCGAUGUGGCAGAAAACUUGCAAAGGAUGGUGAUUAUUGUUGGCGGUGGACAGGCUUCAACUUUGGUUUUGAUCUGCUGGUCACAUACACCAACCGAUACAUCAUCUUCAAGCGCAACACGCUGAACCAGCCAUGCAGUGGCUCCGUUAGUUUGCAGCCCCGGAGGAAUGUUGCUUUCAGGCUGCGCCUGGCUUCUUUUGAUGGAAGUGGGAAGCUGAUUUGUAGCAGAACUGCAGGUUAUCAGAUAUUGACGCUUGAAAAAGAUCAGGAGCAGGUAGUGAUGAAUUUGGACAGCCGGCUGCUGCUCUUUCCCCUGUAUAUCUGUUGCAACUUCCUUUAUACUUCCCCAGAGAAGAGGGCAGAGAAUGAAGGACAGCCAGAUAGUCUGUAAAACUGAGAGUUAUCUGUUGAGUGCAUUUCAAAACUGCUUUGAUUCAGGUGUGUUCCUCUUGCUAAGGAAGACGCCUUCCAGCUCCAAUCCCUGAAGACAUCCAAGACAAAGAGACAAGGUGAUGAAAUGGUCUUAAGUAGCAUGGCGGAGAAAAUGUUACUUCCACUAUGUGUCAGAACAUUCCUAUGCAUAUCUGAAAGAUUUCCAACUAAUUAUGGCCAAUUUUUGCUUUUAUGUGCAUUUUCAAAGAGCUCAGGAAGCUGCUACACAUAAUUGUUACACAUGUUUAUUUUCACCUGCUGGCUACAAACAGAUUUUCAUUGGAGAUAUGAAAUGUGAAUAGGACAGCUGCAAAAUCCAUAACAACUGCUAGCCUAAAUGUAACCGGUUUCUACUUAGAGGUUUUGUUCUUCUGGCUGAUCUUGAAAAUGCUAAGGGUCAAGUGUUGAUAAAAUUCCACUGCCUUCACUCUGCCCACCCGGUUCAAUUUAUUCCUUUAUGUAUGUGAUUCUUUUUUAAAAUUCAUUAAGCAAUUUUGGCUUGCAAAGUAUUCCUGAUGAGUUGAACCCUUUUAUCCUGUAUCUUUGCAUGCAUAUUGUUUUUUUUUUCAAGAUGUUCUUUUAGACACUGAAAGGUUUUUAAAUUUUGUUUUGUGGAAUACACAGAAGAAGAGGGGAGUCUGGCAGUUUGAAUGGAGUGGUGUCAGUACACGGGAGAUCCAGUCCACAGGCCCCAUCCAUGACAUUCUGGUAAAGGCACAGGAGGAGGCUUCUCAGGGUCUGGGCCAGCAACCUUUUCUCCUUUCUUGGAGAACCAUGUGUGUUGCAGCUGGAUCAUUGCUGAAAUGCUUGAGGGCAUUCAUAGAUGCUUUGAUUGUCCUCCAUGGCAUGUUGCACACGCAUGCUCCUUCAUACAACCCGGCCACACUGACUUGUCCACAGGUUCCAGCUAGGAUUCUCUUGGGGCCAACUGUGUACCAAGUACAUGGUUUUUAAUACAUGUUUAGUUUCAUCAACUCGUACCUUCAUGGGGGGUAUCAGGUAAUACAUCCUGAUUAUGCUCAGGAACUUGUGACCUUUUGAGUGCCUUUUGCGUUAUCGAUGUAUUUGAAUACUUAUUUGUGUGUAAAGGUAGGUUGCAGGAUCCAAACGAGGAGCUAAGUUCAAAGGGUUCAUCUUUUGGGUUGGCUAUCUUAAAAAAAAAUACUGAUCCAUUUAAGGUGAGAUGUAAGCAAGGAAUUGGUUUGUACAUACAUUUGUCUUUAGUUGCUGAAUUUCUACCUUGUACUCUUUGUUGGUAGCCUAUUUUGUAAUGUUUAAGUGUGUGUGUGUGUGUGUGUGUGUGUGUGUAUAUAUAUACACACACACACACACAUACACACACACACGGGGUGUGUGUGUGUGUGUGUGUGUGUGUGUGUGUGUGUGUGUGUGUGUAUGAAUGAGAUUCAACAGAUUCAGCGGACUGAAAUGGUGGCACAUUGUGAAUAAACCAACUCCAGUUUGAAAUCUGUGCUAGUAUUUUUUUGGUUUGGAAUGAGAUAUUCUGGAAUGUUUAGAAAUAAAAUGUCCCCAGGCUGGUU